AUGGGUAAAUCUUCAAUCUCUCUCAAAUUCACCAUUUUCCUCUCCCUCUCUCUUUCAGUCACCCCCUUUGCUCUUUUUCCCAAUUACAACAAACCACCCCCAAUUCCCAAAGCCACUCCCCCUGAUUUGCUCAAUCUUCUCGGUUCUAAAUCUCAAGCUUCUUCUGUGAAUCCUGGUGUAGCGAAGGAUCUGAAAUCUUGUUUCAAAUUCCUUGUUCCGUUCCAUCCAACUCCAUCCAACGCGAAAUUAUCCAGUAGACGGAGCUUGAGGUCGACGGGAUUUGAUGAUCGGAGUCGGAGAGAGGAGGAUGAGCUUGUUUGGUGGCCACCCCAGUCGGUUCUUGAACUCGCUCGACUUGGUGUUGAUUCUGGUGGAGACCCUGGGGCUAUUCAUCGCACCCUUGAUCCUGCUAUAAUCCCUAUACCUGACAUUCAUGGAUCACAAAGCCACAAAUGCGAACUCACAAGAACACCAUAUGGGAGACGCUUCAUAAGCGAGGAACUAAAUUCAUACCUUCAGUUCCUGUUUGAGCUCAUUGCUACUCGAUCUUCUGCUAUGGGGAUAAACAUUAAAUUGAACCGUUUCGAUUUAUUUCAUGGUCAUCUUUUUCUUGCCUUUGACAACAACAGGCUCGGUAUUUUGUUUCAUGCCAAGGAAUUCCCAGCUUAUGAUAAGAAAACUUUUCCAUGCAACAUGGGUUAUUGUCAAAUAGGAUCUAAUGUAUCCUAUGACGAUUCGAUGAACUUGAGAAAUAUCCUCUGGCUGGCACCUAUGCCCAGCAGUUCUACUAAGGACUGGGAGGCUCCAGGGGUUCUUGUGGUGUUGGAUGCUCAUCCAGAUGGAAUCAUAUACAGAGAUAUCAUACCUGACUAUGUACAUAUAGCAAGAACUAUUUAUGAAGAUGAUCUUGGAGAUACUGUGGUUGAUGUCAAUUACUUGGACAUUGGCAAUGCUUUGGCAAAUUAUCAAAUCUUCAUAUGCUAAUCAUCAGGGGAAUGCUGUGGGAGAAGAAGAACAAUGCAAUUAUGAUCCCAUCACUCUAAUUUGUCAACUUAGAAGAAGAAUCAAUUGGAAACCAUCAUUUAAAUCUUGCCCCAGUUUCUUAAUCUCUCUUUAAAUAUAGCCUCUAUUUUACGACGUCGUACAACUGUUGUAGGGCGAUAUGGGGUGAAAUACAAAAGAUUAAAUUACAAAUUCAGUUCUUAUAGAUCGAACAAAGUUCUAACUUAUUUGUUAUGGAUUAUAGUUGUAAUUUGAUCCUUUUGAUUUGAUAAA